AUGGCGCGAACAGCGCUGGAGCGGCUGCUCCACAGCCGGGCAGCCGCGGCGGCAGGCGGGGGCGGCGCCGGCGCCGGCAGCACCCACAAAGGCGGCGACAGCCGUGCAGGCAGGCAGCCCACGGUGGCGCUGGCGGUGGCCGGGCGCACAGACCGCGGCGUGCACGCCCUGGGGCAGGAAGUGGUGCGGGCGCUGAAUGCGGAGCGGCCGGGCCUCCUGCGCGCCUGGCACGCGGCGCAGGUGCCUCGCUCCUUCCACGCCACCUUUGCGGCCAAGUGGCGCCGCUACCUGUACCUCCUGCCGCUGCGGGAGCCUGAGAACGGCGGGAUGCGGGCGGGAGCAGGGGAUGCCACAGCAGCAGGGUCGGCGCCGGCAUGCGAGCCUGAUGCUUCUGCCAGCAGCGCAGGCAGCGAGGAGGAGGGCAGCGGCCAAGGCGGCAGCGGCGGCGGAGCGGGAGGCAGGCGGCAUGAGCUGUGCCCAGAGGACGCUACCGAGGUGGAUGCGGCCGGUGAAGUGGACGUCGACAGGCUGGCGGCGUUGCUGCGGCGGCUGGAGCGGCGGCGGCUGGACUACACAGCAUUCGCCCGCGCCACGCCCGCCGGCAAGGAUCCCCACUGCUGCCUGCUGCGGGCGCGGGCGUGGCGCGGCCGCCUGCCAGACCCCCAGCGCACGUCUGUGCUGGCCUUUGAGCUGAUUGGCGACCGCUUCUUGCGCCGCAUGGUGCGAGUGCUGGUGGCGACGGCGGUGCGGGAGGCCACGCCUGCGGCGGCCUGGUUCCCCUGGCCCCAGGCAGGUGCAGCAGUGGCGGCAGCAGGUGCAGGAGGAGCAGCAGCGGCGGCAGGUGCAGCGGCGGCAGCGGCAGGGGAGGCGCCUGCCGCAGGGCGGCAGCCGCUGGCACUGUUGCUGCCCGCUGAGGCGUCUGCGGCGGCUGACGCGGCGGCGGGCGAAGCCGCGGCGCUGCUGCAGGUGGCCGCCACUCGCGACCGGCGCGUCAGCGCGGCGCCGGCGCCGGCGCAGGGACUGUGCUUUCUGGAGGCUGGCUACUCCCCGCUGCCGCUGUGA